GAAGGGCAUAAUAGCGUGUGUGUGUGUGUGCUACGUGGAUUCCGGUUAUCUCCGAAUACAGUGAAGAAAGUAGAGAAUGUCGAAUGAUAAAAUAAAAGUUGCCGGCAAUAAAAAAAUUUAGUACAAAUUUAUUUUACCGCCAUGGAGUAAACGUGUUUUGACAUGUUCAGCCGUAGGGCUUUGUAUGGUAGUGUGUGUGUGAGCGGUGGCAUAUUGCAGCUAGCAACAAUUCGAGCAGUUUUUGUUGGUGUGCGUGCGUAUGGCUGUAAAGUUCUGUGUGAGCCCAUCGAACAGACGUCAUUCUUUCGUCAGCUUUCGAACUGUGCAGGAGCGUAUGUGGUCCGCAGCCGCGUAACACUCGCCGGGCGGGCAGCCGUGGAAACAUCACACCAUUAGCACAAACGGGCGGCCAUUAUGUGAAAUAAUACGUACAAGGAAGCAGAGAGUUCGUCGCCAUCGUUGUCGCCGCCAUCUUUCAACGCAUGGUUUGGUUAACCCUGAGUUAAAGCUACCGGAAGCUUCCCAUCGAAAAAAAGAAAUAAAAAGUGCGAGUGUCGUGUGUGUGCGCGCGUGUGUGUCGAAGCUGUAGUGUGAUGCCAGUUGAAAUUGUUCUUAACUAUUGCCGAAGUUCGCGGUGGGUGUAUGUGCCCUUGAGUAACGUUUGUGUGCGUAUGUUGUGAAUAACGUGACGAAUAGGCGCGUGUGGGGGCACCUCCAAACGAAGGGAAAUAAAAAAAAAACAAUUGCGUGUGAGUGUGUUGCGACGUUCUGUAUCGUGCACGCGCGCGAGUGUGUAUUCGGGUGUGUGUGUGUGUGAGUGCGCUCGCGUUUGCGUGUGCGGCGGAGCAUUGUGUGCAGUGUACGUGUGUCCGUUUCCUGGUCCCAGACUUGGAGCGCGAUGCAACUGCCGCAGGGUUUCUCCCACGUUGGCGUCGGGCGUCUGAGCAUCAGCGAGGAACACUUGCUGAAGCUGAAGACGCCGAGGGACAUCAACGAGGUGUACCAGGUUGCAGACACCUGGAUUGCCAAGGGUAUGUACGGUAUUGUGCGAGGCGCCGUAUCAAAACAAUCCGGCAUUAGCUAUGCAGCCAAAUUUCUACGUCGGCGCAGGCGAGGGCAAUGUUGCCUGAGCGAAAUCAAUCACGAGAUAGCGGUGCUGAUGCUAUGUGCGGACUCCGACCAUGUUGUGAAGUUACAGGCCGUUCACGAGACGCGCUCAGAGAUCGCCCUCAUACUGGAGCUCGCGACCGGUGGUGAACUGCAGACACUGAUCGACGAGCAAGGCCAUCUGGCGGAGCAGACGACGCGCGUUUGUAUGCGCGAAAUAUUGCGCGCCCUGCAACACAUGCACAGUAAAUCCAUCGCCCACCUGGACCUAAAGCCGCAAAACAUUCUACUGGCCGGGAAAUCCGUUGACGAUGGUUUGAAACUGUGCGACUUUGGGAUUGCUCGAUUCAUUGCGGAGAAGAAUAAGAUCUGCGAGAUCGUCGGUACGCCCGAUUACGUAGCACCGGAGGUGCUGCACUACGAUCCAAUAUCCUUGCAGACGGACAUCUGGUCAAUCGGCGUGGUUGCCUACGUCCUGCUGACCGGUUUGUCACCGUUCGGCGGUGACAGCAAGCAGGAAACGUUCCUGAACGUUACCAAAUGCUCGCUCACCUUUCCGGACGAUUUGUUCGGCGGAAUAUCGAGCGAUGCGAUCGACUUCAUCAAGAGCGCACUAAGAAUCAAGCCAAAGGAUCGUCUAACCGUGGACGAGUGUCUCGAGCAUCGGUGGUUGAAAGAGGAUACGGUUUGCUUGAGAGAGGAAAUGCUGGCCGCCCGUGCCUCGGCGGCACACAGCAAUAAAACCGACACCAGAGCUGUGAUGAAUGAAAAUGGUAUUGAUAAUGGCAGCAAUGACGAAGCUGUGGUAGAGAACGGUAACGGCUACGGCAUUGAGCCGGUACGAUUGCAAGAAACAAAUACGAAGCAGAAAGUGCUAACGGCGGUAGUAGAUGGUAGCAGCAGCAUUAAUAGUGUAACCGUCACCUCCAUCGCCUCGCCGUACGGUGUGCCAACCGAAGAAGAAUGGUGCGAAGCUGGAGGUGGUGGAGUAGAUGAGGGCGGUGGAGGAGGAGGUGGUGGAAGAAAAAUAUCUUCACCCGCGGAAGUGAAGCUAAUGCAGGGUAGCCAGCGUGAUAUCACCACGAUUGCCGAAGAAAAUAAGGAAAAUGUAAUAGUCGUUGGUGGCUUAGUGUCGCGGUCACUGUUUCCCGAUGCGCCCACCACGCCCAAGGUUAGCCGAAAGACGCUACCGGUGGAACCGCUAAACGAUGGGCAUCACUAUCCCCACCAUCAUCAUCAUCACCAUCAUCACCACAACCAUAAUCACAAUCACAGCCAUCAGCAGCAUCAUUUGCAUCAUAAUAAUUUCGCAGCGCACCAUAUGCUUAACCAUAGCCAUCAGCUGCCGAACAGCCACAAUGCUGCGAUGGUGGUGACAGCAGGCAAUGGCAGUAACGGCACUAGCGCUAUACCAUUGUCUAAUGGUAGUGGGGGUGGCAGCAUCAACACACCGCUCCACCCAGCUACGUUCUCGUCCCGCCAAGGUUCACCGUCUUGUGUGAAAAAAUUUGUACAAAAGAUGCACAUUCAAUCGCCUGUGAUGCACCGAGCAGCUAGUAGUGGUAGUAGUAGCUGCAGUAAUGGUAGCACCGAGAUGAUGUUAGCGAAGCCAUGCGAUGAGUACGGCAUCGAUGUAAGCUGCCCGAUACGAGCGCCACCGCUAUCCGAAUGGAACGAAACGGAUGAGGUGAAUGAGAAAAAUGGUUGUAAUGUAUCAACGAUGGGCAGCACGAAUGGUACCAAUACGGUGGCAAUUAUUCCCGUCGAAACGGGUGCCACCAUCUCGUCCAGUACGAACGACACCACCACCACCACCACCACCUCCUGCUCAUUCCCUACGUCUGCUGCGUCGACGAUUAGCAGCAGCUGCCGGACGACGGUGGUUGCAGCAGCAGCAACACUCUGUACACUACAGUGUACCGAAGCACCGGGAAGCGGUGCAAACGAUCGACAUCUUGCAGCAACCGGUCACAGCAAAACGACGCUGCAGCAAAGCGACAAAGAUGCCAUUACCUGCUGAGAAUCGGUUAACGCCGAUCGGCCGGAGAUGCAGUGGUCGUCAAUGUAUGCUGCCGAAGGUAUAAUGAUGGACAACACUGAUAAGUAUACUACACUGAUAAGUAUAAGUAGAUGUGGGUCAGCUGGGACAUGUAGUUAUAUCUAUCUAUCUAUUAUAUAUAUGCUUAUGUAUGUAAAUAUUUAUAUACAUAUAUAACCCGGAUAAUACUGGAAGACGCUUUGAGCGUCACUUAAGUCGACUCUUCGCUGCGGUUUCGAACGCGUGUGUCUGCUUGAAUCCACCACUCGGGUGUGUUGCGCGCGUUUUUGCUGGCAAUUUGGUUGAGCCAAAUUGUUACCAAAAUCGUUCCCGUAGCGCGCGAAACGGGUGGUGUGCUCUUGCGCACGCGCGCGGUACUUAACACCAACUAAGUAAAAACCGGUGUUUGCUAAACGCUGCCAAAAUGUUAGACUAUUUACGUUAGAAGAAAAAAUACGGAGUGUGUGAGUGAGAUCGUGUUUUGCGUGGACUGCACGUGGAAAAUGUCACGCUUUUGAAGCGCUUUCUGGGGUUGGCGGGGGGAGGGAAUGAAUUGAUUCUGAUGCGAAUUGAUUCAACGUUUGCUGGGAAAGGUUGAAAAUCGGAAUGAUUUUUGUGUGCUAUCUUUCUUUUGUUUCCUCUUUUUAAUCUUUCAUUUUAUUCUACUGGUUUAGUAUUGCGUACAAAUUUCCUUUGCUCUAUGGCCAUAUCAAACAAAUCGAACCGCAUCCCAAUCACAUCUGUCGAUGCAUAUCGCGGGUUCGAGUACUGAGUCGUCUUGUUUUUUUUUGUUUUAACCGGAACUCCCAAAUAAUACCGUCGCAUUUAGUGUUGUGCGAUUUGCGUAUGCGAAGGGAAAACGCAUAGAAAAAAGGGAGCUUUACAGAGGUACUACGCUCCGCGGUUAUUAAACGUUGUGUGCCGCGUGUUUGAAACAUCGCGCGACCAACGGGAAAGCACAUACAAUGAAUACGUUAGCGCACAGUUAAGCAACAUCCACGAUACGAAACUUGAAAGACAUGUUAGAGUUAGGCCGUACAGGAAAAAAAGCCAUAGCAAUGUUACUUGCGCGAGUGCAAAUCCUAUGUUGUAGAUAGUUCUGAUUGCGCACACGCUAAUAAAACAAAAAGACAUUUAUAACAACAAAAAAAAGACAUACACACACACUCAUCGAUCGACAAAUCGGAGGAGCGUGUACUAAUAGAUAAAUAACAGUUUGCUCCGCAACAGUCAAGCAAAACAUCAUUGUUUUGCCAUGAUGUGCCUAACAGAAAAGAGAAAAAAGAUAGAGACAAUUAUUAAAAAGUUUCCGAGGCCACACACCACACAAAACACCAACCUAAGAAGAAGUGGUAUUCGGUGCUCUAGCUUUCCUAAUUGGUGGACGCCUUUUUUUUAAAUGAAAAAGUGUGUUUAAAAAGUAGUGUUUUGAUUGCAUUUAAUAAGUAUCUUGUUCAAUACCCUUAACCCUUAUGUCCAUUCCGUUUUUUUUUACCAGGAAAGGCCUUCGUUUAGCAGGCAAAGCGUUGUUUAUAAUAUAGUUGCAUUGUUUAGAAAACUUGGUGCGUUUAACAAAAAAUAUGUUUAAAAAGAAAGAGUGAGAGCGAGAGUUACUUGUUGUCAUGUUGCGAUCGAUUUAUCGAUCGAUUUUUAGUGAAUUCAUUAGAUUGAAAAUCCAGGUGAUGAAGCGCGAUGGGUGAGCCAAAGUGUGCUGUAUUGAGGGGGUGAUUUUUUUCGCUGCAUUUCCGUGAUCUAAUUCUUCCGUCCUUGCGGAAUGAUCGUUUCACUAUGUACAAUAGAUCUUCGUUGAACUAUUUCCUCCUUGGUUUUCGUUGUUUUUUUUUCGUGGCUUAUUGAACCAAAUUUUCUUGUACAAUGUCGCGCACUAACAGUGCAUCGAAGGUGUGUUAAACUGCUUUAUUAAUAUUUUAUCUCACUGCCAUGGUUGGCCAUUUCGUUUUUUAUUUUUUCAGCAUUCUUUCGUUACCCGUACAAAGAGAUCAGAGCUGCGAGAGUCGCAAUUUACGACCCGUCUACCUGUCGUUCUGCGUGUCCUUCGUUUUGACAGUUUUGUUUUUUUUUUGUCAUUUAAAACAACUCAUCACUCAUUGCAAUGCUCUAAUCUGUUUGUACGAUGAACUGAAUUAUGUGGUUUUAAUUUAUGAUAUAUUUUGAUUGUUCACGUGUUGAUAAAGGGGCAAGGUUGGGAAGAAGAAGGAGGGAGGGGAAUGUGGGAAUGUUAAAGGGUGAAAGAGAGGGGUGGUUUGAGUGCAUUUCUACCGGGUGUAAAUAGUUGAACGGGUACGAUGACCAACUCCAUUUGAUGCGUAUAGGGGUCUAACGGUCAACUAUUUGCACUAUUGGUACGUUACAUUUAACCCUUUGCCUUUGGAAAUGAUUGAAAUUAGUACCAGGAUUGCCUUUUUAGAUCCGUUACAUGAGCCAAACCGUUGCCAUUGUGUAACCUUGUUAGUGCAUUUUAUCGCCGUUAUUUAAAGGUUCGCAGAAAAAGAACAAAAAAAAACAAGGACCUUUUUAGGGAAGACACAUUUUGCCAAAAGAAACAAUCAAAUAAUAAUUUAAACAACAGCGAGAAAGGAAGAGAAAGGGAAAGAGAGAGAUAGAUGAGAACCGCCUUCGGUUUCGAUAGGAUGUAUUCACGCACAAAAGUAACAUUGAUCCAAAGAGUGAACAUUUGAGGGAAAAUAGACAUUUUUUUUUCUUUUCGAAAGAGGCAACAUAGAGAGAAAAAAAUCGUUAUAGCUAUAUGAUGAGGAGUGCUGUUUUUGUGCCGGUGCUAGCUUGAGUUUAAACAUAAAUGUUGAAAAGGGGGGACAUCGAACCACUUGAGUGUUCGUGUUGUGGUCUCUUGGGGUGUAUCCCCUGUACCGCUGGAGGGUGGUAGAAACACGUUAGUGUUUGUUAUGAUCGUGUGGCAUAUUUUAUGGCCAACAAAACGCUACGCAUCUUAUUUUUAUGAUGAACUAUCUAGCACUGGCACGGCAUCGGCAGAGAGAAAGACAGAUCGAGUGAUAGUAAGGGAAGAAGAAAGACCGAGAGAGAGAGAGAGAGAGAGAGAAAGAAAGAGCGAAGAAGAGAGAAAGCAAGCAAGCUAUAGCUAUAUCCUAAGUUAUUCUCCAUGAUGUAAAUAAAUAUUAACAACACCCAAA